UCAAGCCAUAGCAUCGGUCCGAUCGUAGAGGAAUUUUGUAGCAUGGACUGGGAAGUUGGAAAUCCCUGGCCCUUGAACGUUUGGCCGCUGCUCCCCGGCGUUUUGUACUUUGUUCUUUUUUGAGAGUAAAGAGUAGCAGGCCCCCACAGUAACAAGCCUCUCUUUUAUAUGUGUGUGUGUGCCGACGCUGCUGAAGACGGAUUUUUAAGAUUCUCCGGAGAUAUGGAUUCGGAAGAUCAGAGCAGCGCUGCUAGUCCCACCGACGUUUCGCAUGACCCGGGAAAAAUGUUUAUUGGUGGCUUAAGCUGGCAAACUGCGCCUGAAGGUCUUAGAGAAUAUUUUAGUAAAUAUGGGGACAUUACAGAAGUGAUGGUCAUGAAAGAUCCUACAACGAGGCGGUCAAGGGGAUUUGGUUUCGUGACUUUUGCUGACCCCGACAGUGUAGAUAAAGUGCUAGCCAACGGACCUCAUGAGCUCGAUGGUAAAAAGAUCGAUCCGAAGAUUGCCUUCCCCAAAAGGGCACACCCAAAGAUGGUGACAAGAACAAAAAAAGUAUUUGUUGGUGGGCUUUCUGCUCCGACUACGUUGGACGACGUUAAAAAUUACUUUCAACAGUUCGGUAAGGUGGAAGAUGCCAUGCUCAUGUUUGACAAACAGACCAAUAGGCAUAGAGGCUUCGGUUUUGUUACCUUCGAGAAUGAGGACGUCGUUGAUAAAGUGUGUGAAAUACACUUUCACGAGAUAAAUAGCAAAAUGGUCGAAUGCAAGAAAGCCCAACCUAAAGAAGUUAUGAUGCCUAACAGCACUACGCGUGGUGAAGACCUGGUGUGGCCUCUCGGAGCUCUCACGGACGCCGGCUUCACCACUUUCGGCUACGGUCGGGGAAUUCCAGGCUACCCGAGUUUCGGCUAUUCCUUUCCAGGCUUCCAUGGCUUCAGCUACAUCCCUUCGCCUGCUGCCACAGACCACCAAGCGACGGCUUUCUUCGUGGACGCUUUCUCCGCUACUGCCGUGUCCACCGCUGCUGCCCUUGCUAGUCACAUGACCAACGUGGGGCAGACCGAGCCCCCGCAGGGGCUUGCGCCCAUGGGGAGCUCCCCCAUCAAGCGGGGACACCCUUUUGCACCGCAAAUCCCGACUGUGAUCAACAACUAUGGACCUCAAGGAUUUGCCGCUUCUCCUUCCCCAGCCAAUAACAGAGUCUUCCCGGCUACUAACAGCCCUGGCCCGAUUGACAUCUACACUUCCAAUCAAGACGGUGUCAGCUAUGUCCAGGACCCAAGCCCUCAGUCUUCAGGAUUUCCUCCCAUAGCUGUUAAUAGGGGCCCACUGAUUGCUGCAGCUUUUACUAACGGCUACCACUGAGCGCAAAGGUUUUCACACAUUCAGCGCCUGAAGUCGUUGAGUGAAUCACUGGGAAAAAAGAGCCUUUCUGCAACCGCUUUCUUU